GGGCGGGCGACUCGGAGGACUCGACUCGACGUACCGGGGCUGCUGGAUCAUGUGCCACGGCGGCCUCUAUCAGCCAUCGCACCGGGCCGCACUCAGCUACAGCUACAGCUACAGCUAACAACAUCGCAUUCUCAGCCCGGCCUGGGCCUGACGCUCAUGGGCGGCCUCACCAUCGUUGGGCUGACACUAGGCACAUUUACGAUUCUGCCCGCGCUCAUCCUCUGGCUCACUCUCAUCCUCAGGCUCACUCUCCGGCUCUCGUCCGCCCUCUCACUCACACUCCCACCACCCUUCCGCCGCUGUCGCUGCGCCGGCCACUGCGGAUGACAUCAUGGCUGAUCAAGGCGACGACAAAAAGGGUUUCUGGGGUGGCCUGCUGCGUCGGGCUAGUGUCGCCAGGAAGCCCUCGACCAAACAGCCUCCGCCAAGAGAGCACUCUCGCCGUCUCAGCGAUGCUGAACCCGGCCCCGUCUCCAACCCCGUGGCCGACUUCGUCCCGGACCUCCAGAGACGUCGCUCCGGACCGGUAGACGGCCCUCUGGCUCCCGCCGGUCGUCGCCGGCCCCGACGGCCCCAGUCGGAGAUUGACCCGGACAAGCCAUCCGGCUUACCUGCUAGGAAGGCCGGUCCACCCAGCCGCCGCGUCUUCCGUUCCCCCGGGCCCCCGUCGUCAUGGCCUCCCAGCGGCGUGUCCAGUCAUGAGGAGCUCCCCCCUCAGCAUGCCCUCGAGCUCGUCGCCCGCGGUGCUCCCUCUCACAAGGGUCACAAGCGGUCUAUCCCCCAUGCCGCUGACAGCUACUAUGCCCUUUACACCACCUCUACCGGCAAUCGUCAUGACGGCACCGACGCUGCCAACUUGCACGAUGGCAUGACUCAGUUCAUGACCUUGCGGACACUCAGCUCUGGUCGUGCUGCCCACCCUUGGGAGACUCUGGAGCAGCCCAGCUUUGCCUUCUACUUUGGCCAUCUGCCCGGCACCAUCACCCUCAACCAAUGGGCUUCCAUGUCCAGUCUCCUGCCCCCGGCAAUCGGACUCCGCGACUCGGGCGUUAUGCCCCGGCCCAUGGACCUUGAACGCAUCUUUGAACGCUUACAGGAGCUACGCUACGGGCUCGAGGAUGACGAUGAAGCCCUGCUCUACCGCAUCCUCUAUAAGCGCAUCCUACGUGACCCGGAUAAGAUCCUGAAUCCUCAUCGCACUCUCGACAAGCAAAUAACUGACCUGAUCCUCGUCCUAUCCCGGCCCGACUGGAUCGACUUUACCAACGCGCGCAACCAGGUUGCAACUCGGUUCGUAUUCGAUGCCACCAAGGCCAACGGUGACCAGUAUCGCAAGUUUUACCAUCAGCUACUCCUAAGCAUCGAGCUUGACCUGCGCAUCCAGUCCCACCAACAUGGAGACUGGGCCAAAGAGAAGCUUCUUCAGCAGAUCCCGCCGACCAUUCAGUGGAACCUGGCUCUGGCUCGUCGAUGGCGUGAAUAUGUCCGCGUUGACGACUUUGGCAAGACGCCCGAGGAUAUCCUCCUUCGAUACAAGCUUAAAAAGCGUCAGAUCAAAAUGCUCAAGCGCUUCGCCCAGAUGAUGAAAUGGCCCAACCUGGCAGCCACUCUGGAGAAUAUGAAGCGGAAGGAUUCGGAGAUGGCUCUGGACGACAUCAGUUCCGAUGCCUUUUCUUUUUUCAGCGGUGUGAUACUUCCAGGGCCAACCUUUCCAUUCCUCAUUAUGAACACCCUCUUGGAUCUCGAUCCCGACACCGCCACCGACGACCUAGCACUCCUCUCUCACAAUCACCCCCACUGUGGAUUCCAGUAUCGGAAUAGCUACACCUAUUGGUCCUCCACCUGCAUUGUAGGCAAGGUGCUGGCACCAACCUGCCACUCGGUGGCCGGGUGGGUGGGUCCGGCACGACCCACGACGGAUCUUGGUCGGUCCCAAAUCGCCCGGAUCCGGAGUCGACGGCCGAAGCAGCGCAUGGGACCUGAGGAUGUUGAGUCCAUGGGAGAGCGAUCGGACCCGCUUGGGCCCCCGGCUGAAGUGUACCCCGUAGACGAGUACCAGCUCGUGGCUCCGCGGGGCGUUGAUGAAGCCAUCGAUACAGUACGGAUUGAGCUGCUGACCCUCAAGGCGGCAGACCGGCCCGAUGACACGACACUAACCGUCGGGGGCCCAAGGUUGUUUGACGCAACUGUGCAGUUUGCCAUCGAUGGCGUAUCGUGGCCACUUAGACUCAUGUACGACGUGUCUUUUGUGGCUGCGUGGCCAUGCUCUGACGGACCGCACCCACUCUUCUUCGACUACGUUUACACGUCGAUCCGCGUUGACUCCAUCGUUGGUGUCCGUGACUGGGGGGGUCUCUACGGAGGACCGCCAAUACACAGCGUGCGAUCUAGCCCUGGGCCUGGCAUGAUGAGAGGGCCCUACCGAGACCUCUUCAGCCACAGCUUUGGCCAUGGACCUAGCAACGGGAAUGGGUUUCACAAUGGGCAUGGAAUGUAUGAUGGUGCACUGGACGAGGAGGGGGAUGAUGAUGACGAGAAGGUACUGGUAGUCGAGGCUUUUGGUGUCCGGGACAAUGAGGUUCUGGCGCGAGCAUGGUGUUCUCACUGGGGACUCAGCGCUGUGGUGGCCGACAUUCGCAAGACAUGCAUGUCCUGCGCCAUCCGAGAGGCGUAUGCGGCGACGCUGACAGUGGUGAUCCUGGUAGAAGGACAGGAAUAUGUCAGUGAUGAAUAACGAGGUCUAUGAAGUUAUGGCGAUAUUUUCGGUUGAAUUGUCUCACACUAUGCGAAGGAUUGGUUACGGCAUAAGGCACGCAUAUUA